AUAGUCCACAUCUGAAUCUGACAGUCAAGAUGCCACUAAAGCUGCAGCUUUGCUUCCUAGUCUUGUUUGUAAGGGGAUCCGUUGCAGUGCAACAUAUGACCGUGAUGGAGGGUGAGACUUUAACCAUUAAGUGUCGCAUUAGAAAUGCCCACAGGAGCCACGUGGAAUGGAAGAAUCCUAACGGGCAUGUGAUGUUUUUCAAUGACCAUAAGGCCCUGAGGGAUAAGCGCUACAAGAUAAUCAACUUGUCCGAGUCCGAUUUUUCAGUCAGUGUGUCUGAUGUCACCUUCAAAGAUGGAGGCCUCUACACAUGUUUACAUUACACAAAAGUGCCUGUAGUGAAGUCAGUUACCGUGACAGUUUUGGGUAUGCCAAAAUUGGAGACAACAGAACACAAUGGAAAGACUACCAUCAAAUGUUCUGCAGUGGGAAAUAGCCAUCCUCCCAAAAUUUCAUGGCUUUUGGGGAGUGGGUUAGAAAUUGAUGCUCAGCCUCAGUCCCAGUAUCUUUUGGAAAAAAACACAUAUUCCUCCCUGGAUAUCUUGCAUGUUCAGUCCCACAAGAGGAGAGUCACAGUGAAAUGCAUCGUUCGCCAUCCAGCCUUACACAAUUCUUCUCUGAUGAAUUUUGUAAAAAUUGGACAGAAUCCCUCUGAGGAAUCACACUCCACUUCGAGAACCUCUCAUUGGCCAAGUACAGAAGGUCCAACAGAGAUACCAACAACAACAGUCUCCCGUUGGCCUGGUACACAGGUGUCAACAGAAACACCAACAGCUACAGCCUUAGAUUGGCCCAGUACAAAGCGAUCACCAGCAUCAACCCCUGACUCACAACUCAGCACUCACAGUCAGCCAGCCCACUCAGUGUUUCAAGCUACAGGGUACACACUUGCUAAUGACAGCAGCAGCAACUCAACCAGUACUACCGAUUGGUCGUCAGUGUCCCAGACAACAGAGAACACACCUCAUAAUGGCACAAGAACCAACUCCACUAAUAAUAGAGGAAUCUUCUUCGAUGAGACGGAGAGGCAGAGAGGAAAUGGAAGCAGUGCGCCGUUGCUCAUCUUCCUCGUGACGUGCCUCAUCCUUGGUCUGCUGGUGGUCGUUGCGUUCUUUGUAAUCAAGCUGAGGAGGGCUCACAUACUCUGGAAGAAAGAAAAUGAAGACUCUGAUCAAUCUGUGGAGAGCAGCAGAUCAAAAUCAAGCAAUGAAGAGAAACAAUCCAGAAGAAGGGGAAAUGGACUUUUUAACAUUGGAUUCACAAAGUAUGUUGUUGAGGAACCAAUGGCAACAGAGACGACAACAACAACAAACACCAAAACAGAAGAAGCUCCUGAAAUUCAAGUCAUCCCACAAACCGAUGGAGCAACCCUAAGCCCUCAGAUCAAGGAGACGGAACUGUAGAAAAUGUCAGUGUGUGUGUUUUAAUAUUGGGAAUUCACAUAGAGAAUUCAAAUCAUAAGCACCUAAAAUGUGACAAACAAUAUCUUUUUAAUGUAAUAUUGUUUUAAAACAUGUAAUGUUACUGUGAUAUAGUGGAUAAUUAUGUGUGUACACAGGCUCAUAAGCUGCUAUUAUGUAUGAUAUAUCUUUUUUAAUCCAAGUUUAUUUUUAUACUGAAAAAAAGGAAAAAUAUACAACAUAAGUAUUGAUUAUUCUGUGGAAGUAUUCCCCCCCACCCUGUUUAUAGUGUAUAUUCUCGUGUGUAUUUAUUUUAUUCUCUUGUGUACUUUUAUAUUACUUAGUACAACUGCAUUGUUCAGCUUGUAAGCAAGCAUUUCACUGUACUGUUUACACCUGCUGCAUCCUGCGCGUGUAACAAAUAAACUCUGAUUUGAUAUUCAGUAAUUGUAUUGUA